GUUGUUGGCGUAGAGGUGGUUUUGUAUUAAGUUACAGCAGAUUUACAGGUUAACAGGACAAUGAAGAAUACGCUCUAUUCAGACAGUUUAGAAUGUGCAGCCCUUGGCUGUGAAUGUAUUGAUACCGAUAUGUUAUGAGGAAUCUGACGCGCUUUUUUUCUUUUAAAAAUGAUUCUGGAAGCAGAUAUGGGAAAGCCUCAAAAGGAGUGAUGAUCGGCGAUCUCCCAGGAAUCCUGGCUGUCCAUUCCUGUGCUUCAAGGCUCCGCGUCGGGAACCACCGCACCAGCUCCUGGGAUCGGCCACUCGUCCGCUUCGGACCCCGCUGUGUCUGAACUGCCAGAGCCACGUUUGGCUGACCACGAAUGGCUACCCAAAGGAAACACCUGGUGAAAGAUUUCAAUCCUUACAUUACCUGCUACAUCUGUAAAGGGUAUCUCAUCAAGCCGACCACGGUGACGGAAUGCCUCCACACUUUCUGUAAGACAUGUAUUGUCCAGCACUUUGAAGAUAGCAAUGACUGUCCAAGGUGUGGCAACCAAGUUCACGAGACAAAUCCUUUAGAAAUGUUGAGGUUGGAUAAUACAUUAGAAGAAAUUAUAUUUAAGCUGGUCCCUGGACUCCGAGAGCAAGAACUUGAGCGGGAAUCUGAAUUCUGGAAGAAAAACAAGCCUCAAGAAAACGGACAAGAUGAUACUUCAAAAGUUGACAAACCCAAAAUGGAUGAAGAAGGUGAUGAAAAUCAAGAUGAUAAAGAUUACCACAGAAGUGACCCACAGAUCGCCAUAUGUCUGGAUUGUUUACGAAAUAACGGCCAGUCGGGAGACAACGUGGUAAAGGGUUUAAUGAAGAAAUUCAUUCGAUGUUCUACACGUGUGACUGUAGGAACCAUUAAAAAGUUUCUAAGUUUAAAACUAAAACUUCCAAGCUCUUAUGAGUUGGAUGUGCUGUGCAAUGGUGAAAUUAUGGGGAAGGAUCAUACUAUGGAAUUCAUCUAUAUGACAAGAUGGCGUCUAAGAGGCGAAAACUUUCGGUGUGUGAACUGCUCAUCUUCGCAAGCCUGCCCACAGGAUGGCCCUUUGUAUCAGUCGUAUCCUAUGGUAUUGCAGUAUCGACCAAGAAUUGAUUUCGGUUAGACCAAGGGACCUAGCCGUCACUGAGAGAAUCCUGCGGUUUGUUUACUCAUGGACAGAUGGCACCGUGGAUGGUGCGUGGACUAGGCGGAAAUGGAUUUUCAGCAUGCAAAUAAGGCCAUUGUCUGUCUCAACUGUCAGUUGCAUUCAUAUUGUUUCUAUUAGAAGCAAACCAAGUGCCAUUUUGCUCCUGAACUGUCUACGCAAGGUAUUUGUGCCAUCUCACAGUGUGCAAGUCGUGGGUAAAAUCGGGUGUGCAUCAGGAAUCUUAAGUAUUCGCUUGCCUGUUCCAAGACUGUAACAUUUAAUCACACUAGCUCAGUGGCUCGGUCUUUGUGGUACUGCAGUUUUCACAUACUGUUUUAUUAAUUCUUAUUCAAAUAGAGUACUGUACAAGAACCUGAUAGUUAUAUCUUGAAAUUAUUUUGUAUGGAAAUAGAGAAGUGGUUUCUGAACCAUUGUCCUGUUCUUGGUUAAGCUUUUUAUGUUAAAAAAAAACCCCAUGCUUGAGUGUGCAAGUCCUCUUGUGAAGAAUUCGUUAUUCUUUAACCUUGGAGCACAUCCUCACUGUAGACCUUCUAGGCGUCUGUCUAGUCUACCAGUUGCACAAGGAAGGCACGUCAGCCCUCCCAGUGGAAAACACAUGUGACUUCUUGGACAAUUGAAGAUGGAUUCGCAACCAUUCUAAAUGUUGGCAGCUGAUCAUUUACUCCUAAUAAAAAAUCAGUAUGUAGGUAAGGUUGCUGUUUGAUAAUGCCUUAUGAAAGCAGGUGCUGCUUAAUGAGACGUCCCUGUGCAGCCCACCUUAUGUGCGCGUCUUCACGUUGUUGCUGUCACUUAAUGAGCACAUGGCUGCUCUCAGCUGGCCUUAGCUGUGUGUCACUGGCAUGCAGAAGGGGACAACCAUUUUACAUGUUAGGAUUUUUAGAGCAGAUGAGAUUAGCUAUUUUAUGGAUUUCUAAAAGUCUCAAAACAGUUACAGAUCAAAACUGUUAUCAUAUUUCCAAACCAUAUUCUUAAAAUAGGAUAAAUGCAGUGCUGUAGGCAAAUAGGCUAAUCAAAGUUCAUCGUUUGAGGGUAUUUUAAUUUAGAUCCUGUUGUAACAAUCACAGGGAAAUGGGAUUCCUGUCCUGUACAUCAAGGUGCGAGCUAUGACAAUGUCCUUAAUUUUUGCAGUUUUGUUCGGUCUUUCAUUCUUUGGGGGAAUUAGUCUGCAGGGAUCUUGUUACCUUAAUUUUAUGAAAAACUUCCCUUUAAACCCUGUAAACUUCAGUUUCAAAAACCUUGUGUAGAAAUUGUUUUACUCAUUGCUUUGAAAUAAGCGAAACAAGCUGGAAAAUUCUUGAAAGUUAGGAAAAAUUUAGAAAUCUUACAUGAGCACAAUCUGUGUGUUAAACAGUUUUAAUACUGUAUACAUGGUAUAAAAAAAAAUGCUACAUUUCCAGCUGAAAUAUCCUAAGUAAAUGCCUUUUGAUUUUUAAAAUGCUUCUUAGAAGCAUUGCACAGUACAAAGAUACAUGAAAAAAAUAAAAGCCCAGAGUCAUGAUGUAAAAGGCUGCAACUCCACAAUUAUCUUUUCCUUCUGUUUUGUUCAAGUCAAAGUCUGUAUUAAAAUUGUCUUAUUCCAAAUUUUGUAGGAAAAGGCAAUGGAAAUACCUAACUGUUUUGAUAGGUUAUUUUCCUAGAAGUUCUCACAGGCAGAAUUUUAAAAGGCAGACUUUCACUAACUCUUUCAGUGGACGGGGAACACGGAAACACACACACAACCAAAAACUGAAUUUACUGUCAAACUACAGAAAUAAUUUUGCUUUGCUGUGAAACUUGGGUCCCGAUGUCUCUUAUUACAAAUUGAUCACAUCUAGCUCAGUGAUUAAAAAGUAGCAUUUUACAUAUGAAAAUUAAUGCAAAAGUUGAGUGCAUUUUAAAUACCGCAAAUGAGACUUUGCAACGGAAGUUUGUGGCCAUAAAUGAAUGUCAUUUACAAGGCCUCUUCUCAUUUGGUCUGUUGCCUGAUCACAUGAACUGUCAUUUCUCUUGCAGAUGCAUAGACAGUUGUGGAACUGGGAAUAGUUUUACAUAAAAAAUUGCUUUCUUUAAUGUCAGUGCAUUAACGUUAGUUGAAAUGCAAUGGAAUUACACACCCACACGUUGUCUGUGUGCCAAAACACAUGACAACCUCACAUGAAGAGCAUCACUCGUCACUGGGGGCCAAGCGCACAUUCUUGGGCUGUGUAAACAGCGUGCUGCAGCUGACAGCGUGGAGCGAGCUCAGCUGGGCCUGCUUUCAUGUCUAGCAAUGCACUACAUUCCUGGUUGGCAUCCCCUAAGUCGGUUUGAAGAAUUUGCAAGAAAUCAGCUAUAGAAAAACAUGCAGGUCCCUUUAGGGUUAGGUUUACACGUGUAGGGUGCUAACAGAACACUGCGUCGAAAACCCAUAGGAAUAACCAUGACAACAUGUACAGUGAUCUUGUUUAUUAAGCAAUAUUUUGGGGGGAGAAAAACUUCCAUGAAAGACUUAUCUGUUUUAUCUGCCUUAUUCAUAGCCAUAUCAGAAUCAAAGAAUCUGGACAUACAAAAUGCUUAUGGCUCAUAAAUUUCACGGAAUUCCUGUCAGUUAAUAGGGGUGUUGGGAUGUGGCCUUUGCUCUAGAGGAAGUAUGAGAGGUUAAACUGAGGACUAACUGUCCCCCGGCGGUUCAGGUCAUGGCUAUUCAUUAGAUAUUUAUCCCAUUCUAAUAUGCCACAUUUUAUGAAGUUAAUGAGUUCUCAACUAUGUUACCCAUGCAAAUAAGCUAAAUUUAAACUGCUUCCUCAAGGGAAAAAAUGUGUUAUAUAGUAUUAUGAACUGUUUAGCUUUAUUGAAUAUUUAAGAGAAAGUGCCUCAUUGCUAAAGUGCAUUUGUUUUAGAUUUACUGCAUAGAUUUUGAGUUCUCUUUUACCUAUGUCGUAUGAGUGGUUUUCUAUCUAAAUAGGCGCUUGCAAGUUUCUCUUUUUUGAAAGAUUUUCUUAAGGAUAUAGGUAUCACCAAAGACAUUUUACUGUUAAUAACCAUAUUCCAGAGACCGUCUCAACAGCUUGGACCUGGAGGAUUUUUAGUUUGUAAUUUUGUAGAGUUAGGCAAUAACCUUCAUUAAUUGCUAAACAUUACCAAAGAAAGGUUUGAAAGUGAAUUUUCUUGGUGGGCUCAAAUAAAUUCAGGUCUUCCCUGCAGGAAUCAGACUUCCUUGACAGAGCAUCACUGCGGUCAGCACAGCCUGGCAGGUGUUAGCAUGACCUCAAAGACAUCACAGGAGGGAAAAGGAAGAAAUACAUACUCUGAAAAGAAAAUUGAAAUUGAAAUUUUCUUUUUUUAAAAAGUUGGAACUUGAGAGACUUCCAUGCAGGGUAGUUGCAAAUUACAAUUAUGCUGAUUUAGCUUCCAGUUUCUUGGUCAUGAGAGAAGUUUCAUUACAGACAUACUUGGGGGACACUGCGCGCAUGCUCACUCACAUAGAACAUGACAGUCUACUGGACUUCCACUUAGUGUUUUUUUUUCUUUUUUCUGUGUUUGAAAGCAAGAUUUUCAUACGAGCUCCCCCCCCCCCCAAAAAAAAGCAAUUCUUGCAGCAAUUACUGUAUUGGUAUUCUCAUUUAGAUACAACCAGAUGUGACUAAAUAGGUUACAGGACCAGGAGCAUGUAUGUCCAGCGAGGGUGGGUUACCGUUCGGCCAUCUCUCCGUGGGCGCUCAUAAGAGGUAAAACUCAUGAGUCUUUCUGCUGCUUAACUGCAUAAACCCCCUGCAUAGGAUGCAAGCGGUCACCACAAGUCUGGCCUACCAUGCCGAAUUUUCCAGCAGGCUAAGCUUUAUUGCCAGAAAGAUGUUGAUUGCUUGCAGCAAUUUCAGGAGUGGCAGAAGUGAAGAUGCUUGAAAUACUAUUAUGUCAGAGAGAGACACCCCUACGCUUACGGCAGAAUGGCCAUGACUGGAGCGCACAUUAGAACUGUUUUUACUUUAAGAUUUGUAAGCACAUUGAAGGUGAGGAAUCCCUUUCAAAGAAUCAAAUAACAGUUACCAGUUUUACUUUAGUAUGUUGAUGGAAAGCAUCAGAUUGAAAUUUCAUUAAAGUCAAAGGUUCUUAGUUUAGUUUUAUGUUUUGUUUUGCUUUUUAAGCAAGAGCAUUCUUUCUGGCAAUUUAGAAAUGAUUCUCUCCCUGGGUAAAUACAGUGAUCCCAAAUAGUACAUUUCUGAUCCUUGUAUUUUUAAUAGAAUUAAAAUACUUGAGCACCUCCUUUUCAGAAACUCCUCCAGUGUGUUAACUGCCCACUCACCGGUAUCUGUAUGGGAUUAAUACACCUUUGUCUAGGAUUCAAAGCAGACUAGAUUGUAAUUAUUUUUAAAUGUAGAAUCAAGCGAAGUAGAUAAAUGUGUGGGGGCUUCAAAAAGUUUGUGGAAAAAUGCAACUCAGAAGUUACUGCAAAUUUGCCAUGGACCUUUUGAAACCCCUCCCCCCACCCCUAUCCACGGGUUUUAAAUGCCGGGUCUUUAAAUGCUCGAGUCUUCUCCCAUCUUGUGGUGAAUUAGAAGCCUGCCUAGUGUCAAUGAAGAUGAAGUGUUUUGUUUAACGAGGUAGUCAACAGGUUUGCUUACUGAUCUAGCCACUGGAGCAGGAGCUCCCCGCCUUGAACCACAGACGGGCUCAUCACACUGUUUGAGGUCUGAUGUUUUGCCGUGUUUCUUGCAAGGGGCUGGGUGCCCAAGUGUCCUUACAAAGCUGUGGUCCAGGACGGGAGAGCGUGCGGGGGAGUGCCAGGGCCCUCCUGCGUCGGUCAGCUCAACUGCCGUCAACAGUUUUUCAUGGAAUAGCCCUCACGCUAAAUCAAGGUAUAUUUUAAGGUUAUGUUGCUAAUUUUCCUUUGUAAUAUGAAAUACUUUAAGCUUUUUGUCGAAAGUGGUAACAUCUUAAUACAAAUAAAAACCUUUUUGUGGUUGUAAGAUUUAGCUUAUAAAUCAUUCAAAUUGAAGUGAAAGAUUUACCAGGUCAUUGUUAAUGACUUAGUCUAUUAAGAGUAUAUGUAUUUUUGUAAUGGAAAAGCACUUGUAGAUAUUUAAUCAGUACAAGAUAUAUGUGUUUUGCAGAAAUAAAAUGCUGCUUAGAGAUUCUCUUUAAAUAUUUUUAUUUUUGUGCUCAAAUGUGUUUUCUGUUAAUCUAUGGAAUGUUCUGUACAAAGCUGUAUGAUUGUACUGUUGGGCUAAAAAAAUUUUUUUUUAAAUCUGGACUUAGCCAAGUAUAUUUGACCAUGUUAAAAUAGUAUCUUUGUUAUUAAAAAGUUGAUU